UUUUAUCCUGUUUUAUUCUGAGAGUUAUACUGUUUUAGAUGUCACAUUUAGGUCCUUGAUACGUUUGAGUUUUUUGUAUAUGGUGUAGUAAAUAGACAAAGGGAAAGGGGCAACUUUAUUCUUUUUCGUGUGGAUAUGUGGUUUUCCCAGCAUCAUUUGUUGAGAAGACUGUUCUUUUUCCCAUUAGAUUAUAUUGGCACUCUUGCAAAAAAGUCAUUUUAUACACACACACACAGGUUUGUUUUUGGGUACUCUGCUCUAGUCGAUGCUGUCUAUGUAAAUACUGUACUGUUCUUCUUAACUGUAGUUUUGUAGUAAGUUUUAGAAUUAGCAACUCUGCGUCUUGUAGUUUUGUUCUUUUUCAAGAUUGUUUUGACUAUUGGGGUCCACUGAUAUUUCAUAAGAAAUUUAGGUUGGGUUUUUCUUUUUCUGCAAAAAGAAAAAAAUGUCAUUGAAAUUUUGAUAGAAAUUGCAUUGAGAUUCCCAGGCACCCGUAGCUCGGAUUCUCAGGAGCAUGCGCCGGAAGUGGGCGUCCUGAGCCUCUCCCUCUCCUGGAAUGCAAACAUUUCUGGCUUCCCACUGUAGUCCUCAAACCACUAAGAGCAUGGAGGCUCCCUGCUUGCCCCCAACGGCAGGGAAGUUCGUGGUGGUCAGCGGUGGCAUCGCGGGUGUCACCUGUGCAGAGAAGUUGAAAAUUAAUUUUCCAUCAGAAGAUAGUCUCCUGAUAACAGCUUCUCCUGUUAUUAAAGCAGUUACAAAUUUCAAGCAGGUUUCUAAAGUAUUGGAAGAAUUUGAUGUUGAAGAACAACCAAGUACCAUGUUAGAAAAUCGCUUUCCCAACAUUAAGGUUAUAGAAUCUGGAGUAAAGCAACUAAAGAGCAAAGAGCAUUGCAUUUUAACUGAAGAUGGCAAUCAGCAUAUUUAUAAGAAGCUCUGUCUGUGUGCUGGAGCAAAACCAAAAUUGAUAUGUGAAGGAAAUCCUUAUGUGUUAGGAAUCCGUGAUACAGACAGUGCACAGGAAUUUCAGAAACAGCUUACUAAAGCUAAGAGAAUAAUGAUCAUAGGGAAUGGUGGUAUCGCACUCGAAUUAGUGUAUGAAAUUGAAGGCUGUGAAGUAAUUUGGGUCAUUAAAGAUAAAGCAAUUGGGAAUACUUUCUUCGAUGCAGGAGCAGCUGAAUUCUUGACUUCAAAGCUCAUUGAUGAAAAACCAGAGGCUAAAAUUGCACGAAAAAGAACCAGAUAUACAACUGAAGGACGGAAAAAGGAAGCACAAGCCAGAGCUACUGCUGGUAACGUAGGCAGUGCCUUGGGGCCUGACUGGCACGAAGGGCUGGAUCUUAAAGGAACAAAAGAGUUUUCUCAUAAAAUUCACAUUGAAACCAUGUGUGAAGUAAAGAAAAUUUACCUUCAGGAAGAAUUUAGAAUUUCUGAGAAAAAGUUCUUGACUUUUCCAAGAGACCAUCAUGAUCAGUCAGUUACUACUGAUAAAGAAAUAUGGCCUGUAUAUGUGGAAUUGACCAAUGAAAAGAUAUAUGGCGACGAUUUCAUUGUCAGUGCUGCAGGAGUUACACCAAAUAUGAACAAUUUUGAUGUAGGAGAAGACGGUGGCCUGAAGGUGGAUGACCACAUGCACACGUCCCUCCCUGACAUCUACGCUGCAGGUGAUAUUUGCACGGCCGCCUGGCAUCCCAUCCCUGUCUGGCAGCAGAUGAGGCUGUGGACCCAGGCUAGACAGAUGGGAUGGUAUGCAGCAAAGUGCAUGGCCGCAGCUAGUGUAGGAGAGUCUAUUGACAUGGAUUUCAGCUUUGAACUUUUCACUCAUGUAACAAAAUUUUUUAACUAUAAGGUUGUAUUACUGGGGAAAUACAAUGCACAGGGCUUGGGUUCAAACUAUGAACUCCUGCUGAGAUGUACCAAAGGGCAGGAGUAUAUCAAAGCCGUCCUGCAGAAUGGGCGAAUGAUGGGCGCUGUCUUAAUUGGUGAAACUGACUUAGAAGAAACAUUUGAAAAUUUAAUUUUAAACCAGAUGAACCUUUCAGCAUAUGGAGAAGAUCUGCUGGAUCCAAAUAUUGAUAUGGAAGAUUAUUUUGACUAAAAAGGGCAUUUCAAGAGCUAUAUCAAGUUCCAAAUAAGAUUUAAAGUCAGAGGAUUACACAGAUUUAUGAUGACCAGCUGAAGUUAAAAUAAUUUAUUUAUAGGGGUUUUUUUUCUAACACAAAAUUGACCACUAAUUAUGUAAAGAUAAGUCUGAAGUAUUCAUUUCUGUGUUUUCAACUCAGAGACGUUCAUUUGUGAUUUAGCUUUGAAACAAAUUAGCUUGUUAUCUACUUAACCAACAGUGUGGUGUCUGGUUAACAUACCAGAGCCAUUCUUUGACCGUGAAACGUCAAAGGCAGGGUGUGGUU